AUGGCUUAUGAUAUGAUAAAGGCUCCAGCAGCUCUUCUUCAAGUGACAAUUUCACUCAGCAAAGUAGAGCUUAGUGUUGGUGAAUCGAAAUUCUUCACAUGUACAGCAAUUGGUGAGCCUGAGAGUAUAGACUGGUACAAUCCUCAAGGAGAGAAAAUCAUUUCCACACAGAGGGUUAUGCUUCAGAAGGAAGGGGUUAGGUCACGACUAACCAUCUACAAUGCAAAUAUAGAAGAUGCAGGGAUAUAUCGCUGCCAAGCGACAGAUGCCAAAGGACAGACACAAGAAGCCACAGUAGUUUUGGAAAUUUACCAAAAACUCACCUUCAGAGAUGUGGCGUCCCCACAAGAAUUCAAGCAAGGGGAAGACGCGGAAGUGGUUUGCAGAGUGAGCAGUUCUCCUGCCCCUGCUGUCAGCUGGUUGUAUCACAAUGAGGAAGUCACCACCAUUCCCGACAAUCGGUUUGCUGUGCUUGCAAACAAUAAUUUGCAGAUUCUCAACAUCAAUAAAAGUGAUGAAGGUAUAUACAGAUGUGAAGGAAGAGUAGAGGCUAGGGGAGAGAUUGACUUCCGAGAUAUCAUUGUUAUUGUUAACGUGCCCCCAGCCAUUGUGAUGCCCCAGAAGUCUUUCAAUGCUACUGCAGAGAGAGGAGAAGAGAUGACACUAACCUGCAGGGCCUCGGGCUCUCCAGAUCCUACCAUCAAUUGGUUCAGGAAUGGUAAACUCAUUGAAGAAAAUGAAAAGUAUAGUUUAAAGGGCAGUAACACAGAACUCACUGUCAGGAACAUAAUCAAUAAAGAUGGGGGCUCUUAUGUCUGCAAAGCCACAAAUAAGGCAGGAGAAGAUCAAAAGCAGGCCUUCCUUCAAGUCUUUGUACAGCCUCAUAUAUUACAACUUAAAAAUGAGACAACAUACGAGAAUGGUCAUGUCACACUCAUUUGUGAAGCAGAGGGUGAGCCAGUUCCAGAAAUCACAUGGAAGAGAGCUGUGGAUGGCGCCACAUUUUCUGAGGGUGAUAAGAGCCCAGAUGGCCGCAUCGAAGUCAAAGGGCAGCAUGGACACUCCUCACUGCACAUCAGAGAUGUGAAGUUAACGGACGCGGGGAGAUAUGACUGUGAGGCUGCGAGUAGGAUUGGUGGGCACCAAAGGAGCAUGCAUCUUGACAUUGAAUAUGCUCCUAAAUUUGUUUCAAAUCAGACAAUGUAUUACUCUUGGGAAGGAAAUCCAAUCAAUAUAAGUUGUGAUGUGAAAGCAAAUCCACCUGCAUCAAUCCAUUGGAGAAGAGAGAAAUUGCUCUUACCAGCUAAAAAUACCACUCACUUAAAAACAUACAGUGUAGGAAGAAAGAUGAUACUAGAGAUUGCCCCUUCAUCGGACAAUGACUUUGGACGAUAUAACUGCACUGCUACAAACCGUAUAGGCACAAGAUUUCAGGAGUAUAUUCUUGAAUUAGCAGAUGUGCCCUCUAGUCCCCACGGAGUGAGGAUUAUUGAGCUCUCACAGACCACAGCCAAGGUCUCCUUCAACAAACCCGACUCCCAUGGAGGUGUGCCUAUUCAUCACUAUCAAGUGGAUGUCAAAGACGUAGCAUCAGAAACCUGGAAAAUAGUACGCUCCCAUGGAGUUCAGACAAUGGUUGUUUUGAGCAGCCUGGAACCAAAUACUACUUACGAAAUCAGGGUAGCAGCGGUAAAUGGCAAAGGGCAAGGUGACUACAGUAAAAUAGAAGUAUUCCAGACUCUGCCAGUCCGUGAGCCAAGUCCGCCUUCCAUACAUGGACAACCAAGCAGUGGGAAGAGUUUUAAAAUCAGCAUCACCAAACAAGAUGAUGGAGGGGCUCCUAUUUUAGAAUACAUUGUGAAAUACAGAAGUAAAGACAAGGAAGAUCAGUGGCUGGAGAAGAAGGUCCAGGGAAACAAAGACCACAUUAUUUUGGAGCAUCUGCAGUGGACAAUGGGCUAUGAAGUGCAAAUCACAGCUGCCAACAGACUGGGGUAUUCUGAGCCCACCGUAUAUGAGUUCAGCAUGCCCCCAAAGCCCAACAUUAUUAAAGACACACUUUUUAAUGGCCUUGGGCUAGGAGCCAUCAUUGGCCUUGGAGUCGCGGCCCUUUUGCUAAUCCUUGUGGUAACAGAUGUCAGCUGCUUCUUCAUUCGACAAUGUGGGUUACUAAUGUGCAUCACCAGGAGAAUGUGUGGGAAGAAAAGUGGCUCCAGUGGAAAAAGUAAAGAGCUAGAAGAAGGAAAAGCAGCGUACCUGAAAGAUGGAUCAAAAGAACCAAUAGUGGAAAUGAGAACAGAGGAUGAAAGAAUCACUAAUCAUGAAGAUGGGAGUCCAGUAAAUGAGCCAAAUGAAACCACACCACUAACAGAACCUGAAAAAUUGCCUUUAAAAGAAGAAAAUGGAAAAGAAGUUUUGAAUGCAGAAACUAUAGAAAUUAAAGUGUCUAAUGACAUCAUCCAGUCUAAAGACGAUGACGGCAAAGCAUAGUCACGAGUUUCAGCAGCUUAGUCGCACCACAGAGAGCAUCUGGAUUGCAGUGACACUAUGACCAAAACUAUUCCAUUGACCUUAAUUUCUUGGGAAAAGUCUAGCUUGGAAUAGCUUGUAUACAUAUACAUAUGAUCAAGUCCUCCUGCCACAGCCCAUUUCCUUCUGUUGUUGUUGUGGUUGUUUCUUUUGUUAACGAUUUCACUAUAAAGGCUUGAUUGGCACCAAUUUUCAGGGUUCAGUUUGACUCUCUAAUUGAAGUACCGGAAUUUACUAUAUGGCUAAAGUGUUUUUCUUUCCUUUUUAAAAUUUUGUCUCACGUAACACCAACAAAUAUAUUUCAGCUCUCUAAAAUAUUAUGUUGUAAUGGAAGACAGAUCAAAAGCAUAGUGAGCUAAAAUGUGUAAGAAAGCCCUGCAUGUUUAUGGAACACACACUAUUAUAAUGGCUCUCGGAUUAAGAUGAAGGCACACAAUAAUGGUUAGACUUUUUAUCAGGGGAAUUUCAGGAAACCCAGCCAGUUAUCUUUUGCAGAUAUUAGAAGUUGAAAAUUGUUGGAGAACUAUUUUCAACUUAUGACCACAUUGCAUUUUCAACAUUGAUCUUGGGUACAAUGAUACCAGGUCAAAAUUGUUACACAUUUGAAAGAAGAUUAGUUGUCUGUAAGAUUACAUUAGAAAGACUCCCUAAAUCUCUUUUUAUGUAUACCAUAUUCACUCACAGUGGAUUAUACAAAAGUAAAUGUCUUACAAGUAAAAAUGGUAUUGAUCUCUGCCCUCAGCUUCAAAUAAAGUAAAUUUAA